AUGUGGCCCCUGGUAGCUCUGUGUUGCUGGGGGGGACUGUCCCUACCGCUGUCCCUGGCGCUGUCGGCGCCGCAGGGCCGGGGGGCGGCCCUCACUUCGCCUGCCCUCGCCUCGCCCGCCCCAGCGCCGCCGCUGCCCGACACGACGGAAAGCAAAGUGGAGAAGCUGGGCCGCGCCUUCAAGCGCCAGGUGCGGCGGCUGCGUGCGCGCAGCGGGCGGCUGGAGCUGGUCUUCCUGGUGGACGAGUCGUCGAGCGUGGGGCCGGCCAACUUCCUCAGCGAGCUGCGCUUCGUCAAGAAGCUGCUCUCCGACUUCCCCGUGGUGCCCGCGGCCACGCGCGUCGCCAUCGUCACCUUCUCCUCGCGCAGCAACGUGGUGCCGCGCGUGGAUUACAUCUCGCGGCGGCGGCCGCAGCAGCACAAGUGCGCGCUGCUGGGCCGCGAGAUCCCCGCCAUCGCCUACCGCGGCGGCGGCACCUACACCAAGGGCGCCUUCCAGCAGGCGGCGCAAAUACUGCGACAUGCUCGUGGGAAUUCCACAAAGGUGAUAUUUCUCAUUACUGAUGGAUAUUCCAAUGGUGGAGACCCAAGACCAAUUGCAGCAUCCUUGCGUGAAUUUGGAGUGGAGAUCUUCACCUUUGGGAUAUGGCAGGGGAAUAUCCGAGAACUGAAUGACAUGGCUUCCCAUCCAAAAGAAGAUCAUUGUUACCUCCUUCACAGUUUUACCGAGUUUGAAGCUCUGGCACGCAGGGCUCUUCAUGAAGACCUGCCCUCUGGUAGUUAUAUCCAAGAAGAUAUAUCACACUGUUCAUAUCUCUGUGAGGCGAAUGAGAACUGCUGUGACAUCAUGGCAAGCUGUAAAUGUGGCACUCACACUGGCCAGUUUGAGUGCAUUUGUGAAAAAGGAUACUAUGGGAAAGGACUACAGCAUGAAUGCACGGCUUGUCCACCAGGAACAUACAAGCCUGACAGUUCACCAGGUGGAAUAAGCACUUGUAUCUCAUGCCCUGAUGGGAAUCAUACUUCUCCACCAGGAAGUACCUCCAUUGAGGACUGCGCGUGCCAGGAGGGAUACCGUGCUGUAGGACAAACUUGUGAAGUUGUUCACUGCCCUGAAUUGAAGCCCCCUGAAAAUGGUUACUUUGUCCAGAAUGUCUGCAACAAUUACUUCAAUGCUGCCUGUGGGAUCCGAUGCAAAGCGGGAUUUGAUCUCGUGGGAAGCAGUAUCCGCCUUUGUCAGCCAAAUGGCCAGUGGUCUGGAUCAGAGGCUACUUGCAGAGUUCGAACAUGUCCCAAGCUUUGGGCUCCUGAGAAUGGACACAUUAACUGUUCAACAGCUGAUAUCUCCUAUAAGACAGAAUGUUUUGUGACCUGCAAUGAAGGCUAUAAACUAGAAGGAAAUGCCAAACUGACGUGCCAGGGAACCUCACAGUGGGAUUCAAAGGAGCCCAAGUGUGUGGAAAUGCACUGCCCUGUCUUCCAGAAACCAGCAGGUGUAACAAUUCACCCUCCAAAAUGUGGGCUGGAGCCAGCUGUUUCUGGGACUAUGUGCCAGCUGAGCUGUCCCCGAGGAUUCAUCUUGUCUGGAGCUAGGGAAGAAUUAAGGUGCAUUUCAUCUGGGAGAUGGAGUGCAGACAUCCAGGAUGCUCUGUGUAAAGAUAUUGAAGCUCCUCAGAUCCAGUGUCCACAAAAUAUUGAGACUGAGACUCUGGAACAUCAGAACUCUGCUAAUAUCAGCUGGCAGGUCCCAGUACCUGGGGAUAACUCUGGAGAUGAGGUCUCAGUGCACGUAACUCCAGCUUUCAUACCACCAUAUCUUCUCCCGAUUGGUGAAGUUGCCAUUACAUACAGAGCAGUCGAUAAGUCUGGCAAUGAGGCAAGCUGUACGUUCAGUGUCAAGGUGAUUGAUGCAGAACCUCCUGUAAUUGACAGAUGCAGAUCUCCACCACCCAUACAGGCAGUGGAGAAUGAAUACCCAGCAACGUGGGAAGAACCACAAUUUUCAGACAAUUCAGGUGCUCCUCUGACUAUCACUAGGAGUCAUGAACCUGGAGAUCUCUUUCCCAAAGGAGAAACAACAGUUCAAUAUGUAGCUCUGGAUCCUUCUGGCAAUAACAGGACAUGUGAAAUACAUGUUGUCAUCAAAGGUUCUCCCUGUGAAAUCUCCUUUGAGCCUGUGAAUGGCAAUUUUACGUGCACAUCAGAUGAAGUGGGUGUUAAUUGUAAGUUGCACUGUGCAGAGGGUUAUAGCUUCUCGGAGGGAUCAAGUGAAAACUACUAUUGUGCAUAUGAGGAUGGUGUCUGGAAGCCACCUUACUCUCCAGAGUGGCCCGACUGCUCUUUAAAUCGUUUCGCAAACCAUGGGUUCAAAUCCUUCGAGAUGCUUUACAAAGCAACACGAUGUGAUGACAACAGUCUUCUAAAUGGCUUUUCUGAUGCUUUCCAGAGUGCACUUGGUAAAAUGGUCCCAUCGUUCUGUAAUGAUGUUGAUGAUAUUGACUGCCGACUGGAAGAUCAGACACAGAAACAUUGCUUGGAGUACAAUUACGAUUAUGAAAAUGGAUUUGCCAUUGGACCUGCUGGCUGGGGAGCGGCAAACCAGCUGGAUUAUUCCUAUGAUGAUUUCUUUGACAGUGUGCAGGAAGAAGGCCUAUCCAAGCAUCUCUCUGCUUUUGCAAAGGCAGCACCUACUCGAGUCAAAAGGCAUAAGAAGCUGAAUGUUCCAAUGACUGACCACAAAAUCAAGUUAAUAUUUAACAUCACAGCUAGCGUGCCACUGCCUGAUGAAAGGAAUGAUACACUGGAACUGGAAAACCAGAAACGACUUCUUAAAACUCUAGAGACGAUAACAAACAGGCUGAAUAGGACUCUCAACAAGGAACCCAUGUAUUCUUUUCAGUUUGCAUCUGAACUCAUUGUAGCUGACAGCAACUCAUUGGAGACAGAGAAGGCUUUCCUUUUCUGCAGACCUGGUUCUGUGCUGAAGGGGAGAAUGUGUGUCAACUGCCCUUUGGGUACCUAUUACUCCCUGGAGCAUCAUGCCUGUGAAAGCUGCUGGACUGGAUCCUACCAGGAUGAGGAAGGGCAGCUGGAAUGCAAAAGUUGUCCAUCUGGUAGUUACACUGAGUAUCUACACUCCAGGAGCAUUUCAGAAUGCAAAGCUCAGUGCAAGCAGGGAACAUAUUCACCUAAUGGUCUUGAGACCUGUGAAACAUGUCCUCUUGGCACAUAUCAGCCAGCAUUUGGAUCCAGGAACUGCAUCUCUUGCCCAGAAGAUACCUCGACGGUAAAAAGAGGUGCAGUAGAUGUCUCAGCUUGUGGAGUACCAUGUUCUGCAGGGGAGUUCUCUCGUACAGGUUUGACACCUUGUCACCCUUGUCCCAGAGACUAUUAUCAGCCAGACCCAGGAAAGUCCUACUGCUUGUCGUGUCCCUUUUAUGGAACAACAACAAUCAUUGGUGCCAGAUCCAUCACAGAUUGUUCAAGUUUUGGCUCUACUUUCUCAGCUGCUGAGGAAAGUGUGAUGAUGAUACCAGCCUCUCCAGAAAACAUCAGCAAACAGUACAAAGUCAGCAGUCAGGUGUUUCAUGAAUGUUUCCUGGAGCCAUGCCACAACAAUGGGACGUGCAAACAGUUGGGAAGUGGAUAUAUUUGCAUAUGCCCAAUUGGAUAUACAGGCUUGAAAUGUGAAACAGAAAUGGAUGAAUGUAAAUCCUCUCCUUGUCACAAUAAUGGAGUGUGUAAAGAUGGCAUUGGGACCUUUGUUUGUCAUUGCAAGCCAGGCUAUUCUGGUCUCUUGUGUGAGAAAGAUAUAAAUGAAUGUAACUCCAGUCCAUGUUUGAAUGGAGGUCACUGUGUCGACGAGAAGAAUGGUUACCAGUGCACUUGUGCAAAAGGAUUCACAGGUGCUCACUGUGAAUCAGAGGUCAACGAGUGCCUUUCAAACCCAUGUCUUAACAGAGCUCUUUGUGAAGAUCGAGUUGGAGGUUUCUCCUGCAAGUGCCUCCCAGGUUUUACUGGUGUCUUGUGUGAAAGAAACAUUGAUGAGUGUCUCAGCAGACCCUGUAGGAAUGGGGCUACAUGCAGGGAUGGUAUCAACAGCUUCAGGUGUCUGUGUGUGACAGGGUACACAGGACUCAACUGUGAAGUGAACAUCAAUGACUGUGCCUCCAGCCCCUGCUUAAACCAUGCCACCUGUGUGGAUGCCCUGAACUCGUACGUUUGUAAAUGUCCUCCUGGCUUUACAGGCAGCAGGUGUGAAACAGAACAGUCCUCUGGUUUCAAUCUUGAUUUUGAAGUCUCUGGUAUCUAUGGGUACGUUAUGCUUGAUGGCGUUCUUCCGUCGCUUGGUGACAUCACAUGUACAUUCUGGAUGAAAUCCACUGACACCACCAACUACGGAACUCCUAUUUCUUAUGCAGUGGAAAAUGGAAGUGAUAAUGCAUUUCUUCUGACCGACUACAAUGGUUGGGUUCUGUAUGUAAAUGGAAAAGAGAGAAUCACAGACUGUCCUUCAGUGAAUGAUGGUAAUUGGCAUCACAUUGCGGUCACAUGGACAUGCAUGGAUGGGGCAUGGAGAGUGUACAUUGAUGGGAAGCUAUCUGAUGGAGGCAGCGGGCUCUCUGUUGGCUCAAAAAUCCCUGGUGGUGGUGCACUUGUGCUGGGACAAGAGCAAGAUCAGAAAGGAGAGGGAUUCAAUCCAGCUGAAUCUUUUGUUGGUUCCAUAAGUCAGCUCAAUAUCUGGGACCGUGUCCUGUCUCCACAGCAGGUAAAAUCUCUGGCUACAUCCUGUCCAGAAGAACUCCAAAAAGGAAAUGUGCUAGCCUGGCCAGAUUUCCUUCCAGGAGUUGUGGGAAGAGUGAAGAUAGAUUACAAGAGUGUAUUUUGUGCUGAUUGUCCAUCUUUGCAAGGAUCUGUACCACAUCUGCGUGCCUCUUCAUCUGAUUUAAAGCCAGGGUCAAAAGUCAGCCUUUCCUGUGACCCAGGCUUCCAGAUAGUGGGAAACUCUGUUCAGCACUGCCUUAACAUGGGACAGUGGACGCGACCCUUUCCACGCUGUGAAAGAAUCAGCUGUGGAGUGCCUCCACCUUUAGAGAAUGGCGGUUAUGCUGCUGAGGACUUCUUUGCUGGCAGCACCAUUACCUAUCAGUGCAACAGUGGCUACUAUUUGCUGGGUGACUUUGAGAUGUUCUGCAAGGACAAUGGGAGCUGGAGCAGCAUUUCACCAUCAUGCCUUGAUGUUGAUGAAUGUGCUGUUGGAUCAGACUGUGAUGAGCAUGCAUCCUGUCUCAAUACAAAUGGAUCCUAUGUUUGCACCUGCAUUCCACCUUACAUAGGAGAUGGUAAAAAAUGUGCAGAACCAGUGAAGUGCCGAAAUCCAGGAAAUCCAGCAAAUGGCCAUAUGUAUGGGGACGUGUACAGUGUUGGCAGUCAAGUAACUUUUUCUUGUGAAGAAGGGUUUCAGCUGACUGGAGUGACUAAACUUACAUGCAUGGAGUCUGGAGAGUGGAGUCACUCAAUACCGUAUUGUGAAGCUGUAUCCUGUGGACGUCCCAUUAUUCCAGAGAACAGUGCCAUUUGGGGCUCAAAUUUUACAUACCGCAGUAAGGUGACAUACAGGUGCAAAGAUGGUUACAGCAUUGUGGGUGAAAAGGAAAUUAUGUGCCUUGCUAGUGGUGCUUGGAACCAUCCUCCCCCCUCCUGUGAAAUGGUGACAUGUCCUAGCCCACAGGAUAUUAGCAAUGGAAAAUACACACUCACUGGCACAACCUACCUUUCAUCUGUAUCAUACAGUUGUGACAAUGGAUACAGCCUUCAGGGUCCUGCUGUACUUGUCUGUGCAUCUUCAGGGAACUGGAACAGCACACCUCCAGCUUGCAGCAUUGUCUCUUGUGGAUCUCCUCCUGCCAUUAAAGAUGCAGUGAUAGAAGGAAAUAACUUUACUUUUGGAAGCACGGUCUCUUACACGUGCAAAGAAGGUUACACUUUAGUUGGUCCUGCAACCAUAGAGUGCUUAGCUAGUGGCGAGUGGAGUGUGAGCCACCAGCAGUGCCUGGCAGUGUCCUGUGAUGAACCUCCCCAUGUGGAAAAUGCAUCGCCAGAGAACGGCCACCGCCUCUAUGGCGAUAUAGCUUAUUACUUCUGCUCGGAUGGCUACAGCCUGGCUGAUAACUCUCAGCUGCUUUGCAAUGCAGAAGGGAAGUGGGUGCCUCCAGAGGGCAAGAAGAUGCCUUACUGCGUAGCUGAUUUCUGUGAAAAGCCAUCCACUGUCUCAUACAGCAUCCUGGAGUCCAUCAGUAAAGCCAGGUUUCCAGCCGGCUCCAUUGUGAGCUUCAAAUGCAUGGAAGGCUUUGUUUUAAAUACUUCAGCCAAGAUUGAGUGCCUUAGAGGAGGCAUCUGGAAUCCUUCUCCAUUGAGCAUCCAGUGCAUUCCAGUUCGCUGUGGAGAACCUCCCAGCAUUGGCAAUGGCUAUGCCAGUGGGACCAACUACAGCUUUGGAGCAGUGGUGGCAUACAGCUGCAACAAAGGGUUCUACAUCAAGGGGGAAAAGAAGCGUACCUGUGAAGCCACUGGCAGCUGGAGUGGCAGUUUGCCCACGUGCCACCCAGUGUCGUGUGGAGAACCACCCCAACUUGAGAAUGGCUUUAUUAAGGAAACAACUGGGCACUUCUUUGAAAAUCAGGCAGAUUAUCAGUGCGAGUCCGGCUACCAUCUGGUUGGGAGCUCAGUAUUUAUUUGCCAAGCCAAUCGACAGUGGUACAGUGAAUCACCUCCUCGCUGUGUUCCUCUCAGCUGUGGAAAACCACCACCCAUCCAGCAUGGCUACUCCAAGGGAGAAACCUUUGAUACAGGUUCCAAAGUUGAGUUUUUCUGUGAAGAGGGCUAUGAGCUGAUUGGAGACGUUUCUUGGACGUGUCAGAAGUCUGGGAAGUGGAACAAAAAGCAAAGCCCAAAAUGUGUGCCAACAAAAUGUCCAGAACCACCCUUGGCAGAAAAUCAGCUGGUUUUGAGGGAAAUGACUUAUCAAGUUGGUGUUGUACAGUUCUCCUGCAAAGAAGGUUAUGUCUUGCAUGGCUCCUCUGUACUGAAAUGUCUGCCCUCUCAACAGUGGAAUGAUUCCUUUCCCUUCUGCAAAGUUGUACAGUGUCCUGCGCCUCCAUAUGUCCCCUUCAGUGACACCUUGACUUCAUCCCUUUAUUUUGGUAGCACUGUGAAGUACAUCUGCGUAGAUGGGUUUUUACUGAAGGGUGAGCCAACUAUCAGAUGCCAGGCUGAUGGCUCAUGGAGCUUGCCACUGCCAGAGUGUAUUCCUGUGGAGUGCCCCCAGCCAGAAGAAAUUCAGAAUGGCAUUGUUGAUGUGCAGGGCCUCACCUUCCUCAGCACAGCCCUCUAUACAUGUAAACCAGGUUUUGAAUUGGUGGGGAACACAACUAUUCUCUGCGGAGAAGAUGGGCAGUGGCUUGGAGGAAGACCAAUUUGCAAACCUAUUGAAUGCCCACGGCCAAAGAAGAUCCUCAAUGGCAGAUACUCAUUCACAAACUUCCAUUAUGGGCAGACAGUUAAGUAUUCCUGUGACAGAGGUUUCCAGCUCCAAGGAGAGGAAACACUAAGCUGUCUAGAGACAGGAGAGUGGAGUACAGAUGUUCCCUCCUGCAAAGCCAUAAAUUGCCAGCCCCCUCAGCCUAUUGAGAAUGGUUUUGUGGAGGGUGCAGAUUAUAGCUACGGGGCCAUGGUUAUUUACAGCUGUGUGCCAGGCUUCCAGUUGUCUGGCCUUGCCAUGCAGACCUGUGAAGAAUCAGGCUGGUCCAGCUCCACUCCUACAUGCCUCCCAACAGACUGUGGCCUGCCUCCUCACAUUGACUUUGGGGAGUACAUGCAGGUUAGACAUUGGGAAAAGUAUUCCAACACAGAGAGUGUGACAGAGAGCCCCUCCCUUUCACGUACAUUACUGGGUGACAAUUUGAAGAACUUCAAAAGUUCUUCAAAGGAGAACAGUGCAAUGCAGCUGACCACUUUCUUAUUUGGAACUAUUAUUUUAUACACGUGUUACUCUGGCUAUGAGCUCAUGGGAAAUCCUGUUCUAGCUUGCCAAGAAGAUGGUGCCUGGAAUGGCACUGCCCCCUCCUGCGUUUCAAUCGAGUGCACCUUGCUGUCACCACCAGAUAAUGGAUUUUUACAUUUUACUGAGAACACUCCUGGUAGCAUGGUGCAGUAUACCUGUAAGCAGGGGUUCACUCUUAUUGGCUCUGACACACGACUGUGUUUACAGAAUCGGCAGUGGAGUGACACUGCUCCACAAUGCAAAGCGAUAACAUGCAGCUCACCUACACAGCUUAUGAAUGGGAAUGUAAGAGGAGAAAACUACACUUAUGGGAGUGUUGUCUACUAUGAAUGUGAUCCUGGCUACCAGUUAAAUGGCCCCACAGAGAGGAGAUGUCUCGAGAACCAGAAGUGGGAUGGUAGUGAACCAAUUUGCGUCCCUGCUUCCUGCAGCCCACCAAUGGUUUUGGAGAAUGGUCAGGUGACUGGGGAGGAAUACACAUUCCAGAAGCAUAUAGAGUAUAGCUGCAAUGAAGGUUUUGUGUUAGAUGGGGACAGAAGUAGAGUCUGCCUUACAAAUGGAAGCUGGAGUGGAAUUACUCCAGUUUGCAAGGCUGUGACCUGCCCUGUGCCACUGCCUCUUCCCAACGGGAGAAUGAGUGGCUCAGAUUUUGGAUUUAGGAAAGAAGUGCAGUAUCAGUGCAAUGAAGGAUAUAAUCUGCAAGGAGUGUCCACACUUACCUGUCAAAGUGAUGGUAACUGGGAUUCAGAAGCUCCACACUGUGAGCCAGUCAUUUGUGGACCUCCUGAAGACAUCUCCCAUGGCUUUCUGAAUGGCUCGGACUUUACCUAUGGGGAAUAUGCACAGUAUGUGUGCUUUCCUGGCUAUGAGCUGCAUGGUAAUCCUUUACGGCAGUGCUUGUCCAAUGGCUCCUGGAGUGGAAGCCUUCCAUCUUGCCUCCCCUGCGAGUGUCCUGCACCACAGGUUCAGAAUGGGGUUGUUCUCGGUGAAGAUUUCAGCUGUGGGAAAAGUGUCCAGCUUCAAUGCCUGGAGGGCUUCAAACUGCUAGGGCCUUCUGAAAUCACCUGUGAGACAGCUGGCAGGUGGAGUGCUGGGUUUCCUCGCUGCGGGCAGAUUUCCUGUGGCUCCCCACCCAUCAUCCCCAACACGUUCAUCAACGGGAGCAGCUCUGCAGAUGAGAACACUGUCAUAUAUACCUGCUUGACAGGUUUUGUCAUGCGGGGGAGUCCAGAACUAACUUGUGUGGAGACAGGUGUCUGGAAAAAGCCAUAUCCAAGCUGUGAGCUGCUAAGCUGUGGCCCACCACCUUCUGUCCCAAAUGCAGAGGUUCUUGGGAGUGCUCAUACCUAUGGGAGCAAGGUCCAGUACAGAUGCCUGGAGGGUUACACAUUGGUGACAGAGGUGGAUGUAUGCACUUGUCAGGAAGAUGGACAGUGGUCUCCUCAAAGUAUUUCCUGUUGCCCCAGAAAGUGUUCUCUCCCAGGAAAUAUCACCCAUGUCAUAGUACAUGGGGACAACUUCACUGUGAGCACAAACAUCACUUUGUCAUGUGUAGAAGGCUACACUCUGGUGGGAGCAAGCACAUCCACAUGCAAGGAAAGUGGCGUUUGGAUGCCAGAGUUUUCUGAUGACAUUUGCAUUCCUGUGUCAUGUGGGAUCCCAGAAUCUCCAGAGCAUGGAUUUGUGGUUGGCACCAAAUUCAAUUAUAAAGAAGUGGUUCUUUAUAAAUGUGAUUCUGGCUAUGAAUUACAAGGUGAUACAGAACGGACUUGCCAAGAAGACAAGCUUUGGAGUGGCUCAGUGCCAACAUGCAGAAGAGUAUCUUGUGGGCCCCCAGAGAUGAUCGAAAAUGGAUCUGUUCAAGGAGAAGAGUUCCUGUUUGGCAGUGAGGCUUUUUACAGCUGUGACCCUGGUUUUGAACUACAGGGACCAAGCCGAAGAAUUUGCCACGUUGACAAGAAGUGGAGCCCCACUGCUCCUUUCUGUAGGAGAAUUACUUGCGGGCUGCAUCCCACAGUAGAAAAAGCAGAGGCCAUUUCUACAGGAAACACGUACAGAAGUAAUGUAACCUUUGUGUGCAGCUCUGGCUACCAUCUUGUUGGACCCCAGAAUAUCACAUGUCUUGCCAAUGGGAGCUGGAGUAAGCCAUUACCACUGUGUGAAGAGACCAGAUGCAAAGCUCCACUUUCUUUGUUGAAUGGCAAGGCAAUUUAUGAAAAUAAUACAGUUGGCAGUACUAUAGCAUAUUUCUGCAAGAGCGGAUACAGUUUGGAAGGAGAACCUACAGCGGAGUGCACAAGGGAUGGAAGAUGGAGUAAUCCUCUGCCUCUCUGUAAACCAAACCCUUGUCCUGUGCCUUUCAUAAUCCCAGAGAAUGCCCUUCUCUCCGAGGUGGAUUUUUACGUUGGGCAGAAUGUGUCCAUCAGGUGCAGGGAAGGCUAUCAGUUGAAAGGGCAGGCUGUGAUCACUUGUAAUGCUGAUGAGACUUGGACUCCUACAACAGCUAAGUGUGAAAAGAUAUCUUGCGGGCCCCCAGCUCACAUAGAGAAUGCUUUCAUCCGUGGUAGCUUCUAUCAGUAUGGAGAUAUGAUCACCUACUCAUGUUACAGUGGUUACAUGCUGGAGGGACCCCUGCGGAGCAUUUGCUUAGAAAACGGAACAUGGACAACACCACCUACCUGCAAAGCUGUCUGUCGGUUCCCAUGUCAGAAUGGUGGAGUCUGUGAGCGACCAAAUGCCUGCUCCUGUCCAGAUGGCUGGAUGGGUCGUCUCUGUGAAGAGCCAAUAUGCAUUUUGCCGUGUCUCAACGGAGGUCGCUGUGUGGCUCCUUACCAGUGUGACUGCCCCCCUGGAUGGACUGGAUCACGGUGCCAUACAGCUGUUUGCCAGUCACCGUGCUUAAAUGGUGGGAAGUGCAUACGACCAAAUCGAUGUUACUGUCCUUCAUCGUGGACUGGACAUGAUUGUUCAAGAAAACGGAAGGCUGGAUUCUACCACUUUUAACAGCAGAGCGACAGUUUUACAGUCAGAAAACUUUCUUCAGCCUACACACCAGGGCUUGGAAUCUAACGCAUUGUAAAUCACAUCCAUUACUUCCCUUUCCCCCAGCUCCUUUGUUUUGUAUUUUAUUUUGUGAUAUAUUUUUUCUAUACCUUUCAGUUUUUAAAGAAAAUGUCUGUAUUUUCCAUUUACAAAAGUAUUAUCAAAUAUAUGCUGCUAUACACACACCAUACACAUACAAAGGUGAAGAUCCCUACUGUUUACUGAGAAAGUGGCUGUGUACGGUGAUGUCCCUCCCAGUUCUUAGACCCAGUAAGGUAAUUAAAACAUGCUAUACUGCCAACCAUGAUUAAACAGAAUGUUGCAAUUCUGCUUAUCAUCUGCCAAAGCAUAUUGAAAUCCAGCAAUUUAAUAGUAAAGAAUAAUUAUGUAAAGCUAAUUGAGCCACCGAACUUUGCGUUGGGCUUGUAUCUGAACUCAUGGUGGUAUAAAUUAGAACUGCACCUGAUAAAGAGCAAAUUGUAGUUAGAGCUCCUGGUGGACGCAAGCAGAUUCUUUAAUGUUCAUUAUGUGACACUAACAUCAUUGGAAAGUGACUUAAAUGGAAGGCAGUGGCAAGAAGUUUGGCCAUAAAUAAAAUACUCAAAAGCGUGAAAGAGCUGAGAAAAUGUCUAGGCAAUAACAGCCUCUGAGGAUUUUUGGCAUGCAGGCAUUUCAGGUGUCACGCUCAGUCUGGAUAAUCCAGAAUGCAGCAGCGGACAGCACAGACCACUGAAAGCUUCCCCCUGGUAAUGGAGCUCACCACUACUUGCCUGCAACCAGUAGCCCUUUCCUGUGUGAUGAUGAAAUACACAUUCAACAUCCUCCUGCCAGGCAAAUGUUUUGAUACAUGGGGUCUGGGUCUCUGUGUGUGUGUACAGGUCAAGCUUUGCUGUUUGCUUACAGAAGAGUGAUAUUUAUACAGAACCCUCAGGGGACUGGAAAAGGCCUCUCUUGUGUACACGCACAGGCAGAAAUACCUAGAUGAGUAAGAAAUACGGAGAGCACACAUUCUGUCAGAUUUCUCUUUUGCACCCUGUUGAUCCCACCGCAUCCAAGAAUCACAGCUUGAGUGCUGUCAUUCAGUCGUGCUCUAAUGAACUGAGAUGCCAAGAUCUACUGAUGGGUAAGUGGUGAGGUGGAAUUACAAGGUGGAAAUCCCAUGCAUGUGUUGAGGUCAAAUGUUUGAUAAUUAUCAUCAGAUAGUAAUGAAGUCUAGUCUGUGAAAGAAGAUAUUAGAGUGAGAACCAUUGAUCAGGAGCUCCAUUUUUCCCAGUAGCAGCAGAAAAGCAUGACUGUCAGCCCACACUAGGAAAGAAGAAAGACUGAGUUCUACACUCUGCAGUAUUACUGCAUAGUUACCCUCUGGGUUAUGAGUGUGCACACACUGCCCCCACCUCCCCCCUUCCCUCUUUAUAAAUAUAUCUUUUUGAAUGCAUGAUAGAACACAACAAGGAGCUAAUGGAGAGACUAGGGCGCUAGUGAAGACUGACACAUAGCUAAUGGCUGUUAACCCAAGACCAGAAAUGGGGAAGAAACAAGUGAAGCUGUGAACCAGGAAGAGCUGGAAGAAAAACAAAUAAGUGAAGAAUAUUUGUCAAGGGACAAGCUGAAUUUGAAUGCAGAUUCCUUCCCAAUGGGAGCUGCAACCAACUGAAGAGUUGUUCUUUCAACUCCCUUAACUAUAUUUUUCUGAUGGAUUCUGCUGACAUGUACCAACAGCCAUCAGUGUUUACAGCUUUGGUUCAAGUUAUUGUUCAGUAAAUAAUACCACAUUUCAACCCACGCCAUGUGGAGGUACUUUGUUCCCUGAGCCCUGCUGCUGUGCACAGUGGCUGCACGGAUGCUGUAGUGAGCAGCUCAGGAUAUCUGAAGGGAAAGAGCGCAUCGGAGAAAGAAGUAGAUUUUUAUUUAUAUGUCAUUCUCGUGUUUUAAAAAGUAGUCCCAUUUUCAGUGUGCUUCUCUGGUACAUGCCCUCACCGCCCUGGCAAUCUCCAGAGCAGAGCAGCAGUGUUUUGGAAGGUGCACAGGGCUGGCAGGACUCUGUUGAGCCUUGGAGGUGAGGGGUGGCUUUUAGCACUGCAGCUUCACACUAGUGACUAGUACAUGGAGUUUGGGGAUAUACUCAGUCAAUACGUUUCAUAAGCUGAUGUGGUAGGAAGAGUAGCUGAAACUAUAGGCUGUUAUAUUAGUGCUGUGUAUGAUGCUUUGAUACUUGCUGUAAUAUUUUCCCUUUUCCCUUCCCCAUUCUGUGCAGUAUUGUCAUUUAUGUCACUGCUUGUUGUGUGUUUUAAAGGACUUCUGUGUGAUGCACUUUACACUGUAAAUAAAGUUGCACCCUGUUUAGUACAUAGA